AUGCCGGCCGUCGGGCUAAACCUGUUCGACCACCCCGUCGACUUCAACAAGUUGCGGCUUCCUAACCUGGUCUCCUUCUUCACCUAUAUAUCCGAGGAGCUGAGUCGUCUCCGCGCAAUGGUGGAGGCGGAGCUGGACAAGGAGGGAAAUCUGCCUCCCGAUCCCAUCUCGAUCUCCAAGCUCCAGCGCGCCGCCACCUCCUGCCGACCGCCGCCCUCCCCGGCACCGCACGCCGCCACGAACGCCGCGGCCGUUGGCGGCUCCCCCCACCCCCGCCGGCUGCCCCGGUCGUUCCGCGCCCUCUCGUCCUCGGCGACGCUCGCAGCCUCCCCGCCCAACGCGCCCACACCUGCGCCCGGGGUGGUCCAGAUCAGCGAGGAGCACCUCGUGCGGUGCGCGGCGGCGGGGAGGGCGCCGCUGCGGGUGGCGGUGCUGCUGAGCGGCGGGGUCGACAGCAGCGUCGCGCUCCGCCUCCUCCAUGCAGCCGGGCACAACUGCACCGCCUUCUACCUCAAGAUCUGGUUCCAGGAAGAUUUCAGGAACUUUUGGUCCGAGUGCUCGUGGGAUGACGAUUUGAAGUAUGCACAGGCUGUGUGUGACAAGAUUGACGUGCCAUUGGAGGUGGUACAUAUAUCUGAUGAGUACUGGAACCAUGUGGUGUCUCAUAUGAUUAAUGAGUACCGCAACGGACGCACACCGUACCCUGAUGUUCUUUGCAACACAAGAAUAAAGUUUGGAGCUUUCUUAGAAGCAAUUGAAAAUUUGGGAUUUGAUUACAUAGCUUCAGGGCAUUAUGCACAUGUAGUCCAUCCACACGUUGAGAAUGCUAAAGAGCCAUCGGUGCUCCAACUUUUGAAAGACGAGGAUCUGGCGGUGUAUUUAUCUGUAAAUGGAGCUCAUCUUUUGCAAGAUGAAGUUCGCAGUCUGGCUGUUCAGAUGGACCUUCCUAACCAAGCUAGAAAGGAUUCUCAGGGGAUAUGUUUUCUUGGAAAGGUCAAAUUCAGUGAGUUUGUUCAAAGACAUGUAGGAGAAAUGGAGGGUAUACUUCUUGAGGCUGAAACUGGAGAUUACCUAGGGAUGCACUGUGGGUUUUGGUUCUAUACGAUUGGUCAGCGACAAGGUUUGCGACUUUUUGGAGGACCUUGGAAUUACUAUUCGCUGGAUAAGAGGAGGCGAACAUUUCGUGUUGGAUCGCUGAACUGGUUUAGCGAUUCUGGCCAGCGAUUACCGCGCGCCGCCACGAACGCCGCGACAAGGAAAUCUUUUAGUUACAUUACAUCGUUGGCCUUCUUCCUGUGACAGAGAAAGUUAUGGACACGGUAGAGGCUGCCGAGAGGAGUUCCCUUGCUGCAACCUCCAAUGGUAUUUCCGGUGCAGUGUCCAAGAGGGGGAGGUUCAGACUUCAGAGCAAUGAUAACAAGGGGUUGAAUGUGGAAUUUGAGGAUAAUCUGUGCACCAGCAUCCGACUCCUUGAUGUUGCUCUGAUCAUAUUGUGUAAAUAUAUUUCUAAUAAAGCAAUCACCCGAUGGUGUACAUGUUAGAAAUAACAAGAUGUAAUCAUCAAGUGUGAGAGAUAGCAACAUCAUGAUGGGAUGGUAUGUACUGUUGUGCUCAUCAAUAGGUUCGUCUUUCAUUCUCUUGCAGCCAGCAUGUUUUUUGUUAUGCAAACAAUUAUGAAAUAUCUAAUUUCUAUGUACGUCCAAAUAUAUAUAAGUAGUUGUUGUUAGCACUGAAUUUGGAUUUGUUAACGGUCGCUGCAUUUGGUCUAAUCUCGAGCCUCUGGCUGUGGAUCAUGUUCUUUUGAUAUCCGCUUGCCAUGAUAUGUUAUCUCUGGUAUGUGUUACCUCUAUUUUUUUGUCUGGACUAAUUAGGGCCUGCUUCUGUUUGCUCUAAUUGAUAUAAUUGUUGUGGCAUGCAGCAGCCAAGCCAACAACAGAGCCAGGCUUAGGCCUGAUGACAACUUGACAAAUAUGAUCAAGAUGCUGAAGAUGAGGAAUCUGACGAAACUAAAGAAAUAGGGGAUUUCAAUGCUGACUUGAAUCCUGUUAGGAGUUGAUCAAGAUAAUCCGUUGUGUUGUGAUGCAAUCACUAAUUAAUUUGAGAGAGAACAGUGUGGAAUCAGAAGUAACGAGAUGUGACCAUUAAGUUUGACAUAUGGCAAGAGAAUGUGAUAUGUAGUCCUCUAUAUGCACCAAUAGUGCAUUCACUUUUCACGCUUCUAUGGUUGGUUCAUAUGUGGUUAUCGAAGCAGGAUAAGUUCUUGAGAAGGACUCUAAUUGCUAUGGACCACAAGAUUUCAGAUGUCUCUUCCUAUUGCGUAUUGCCGUUGACAUUGGACUUUCUAUCCAGUAAGAGGGACAUUGGGAUCAUUGUUCAUCUAGAGAAGUCAGUGCCAAAUCUACGUCAGGACAUUGGGAUGUUAAUGAUUGGAGAUGGAUUGACAAGUACCAAAGAUUGAUGCCAAGCAGAACUAAAACCUGUGCAUGGAUUACCUUCAGUCCCGCAUUCCAAUCAACAACAUUGGGCCGAGCGAGCGCGCGGGUGGCGCAAGAGGCAAUGGGCAGCCGGUGGCGAUUGAGUGGUGAGCGGCGGUGGCGAGGUCGAGCGAUUGGCACAAAUGGCGAGUAGGCAAUUACCGUGAUGGGCGAGCGGACGGGGCGAGUAUGUGUCAUGAUUGCAUCACAAUUAGAAUAAAGUAGACAAUGCAUACGUGUGGCCAUUGACUGAUUUUGUGUGUUGUGUACUUGUGUUAACAGCCAGCCAAAUCAAUCAGACAAGGACCAUUAUGUACGUGAGUGUGUUAGCAGUGGGUAUAUCUGAAGAUUAUUUCUCAACUCGGCAUGUGGGUAGAGACUAAAAAGACGAUGCCAUGGUAGCAUGGCAGACCUGGCAAGUGCCAUGAACAUGAUGAUAUUCUUCCUUUUCUUAA